CUUGACACUGUGUCAGUGCUGCAGCAUUUCCUGCCCAGGUCGCUGAUUUCAGCUCUCCAACUUCCUCCUCCUGGGAAAUACAACGUUCUGAGAGAGAAAGGCCAUUCAAAGAGUCACUUACUGAUCCCCACCUGAGAGAAGGCUCAGUGAGACAGAAAGCAGCAGCAUGAGCAAGAACACCAGUGACAGAGGGUUCAGCAAUGCCAGUUCCCUUCAAGCAGAUCUCUCCAAUCUUGUGAUCUGGGCACACAGUCACGGGACCAUCUGCAACCAGAUCCCAUUCCUGGAAUUUAUGAACAUGGGUCACCUGAGCAAUGACAGCACUGUGGUGUGGAUGUGCAGAGUUGGACAUGCCUAUCACUGGCACUGUGGGAACUUACAUGACCGAGGUGAAGAAGAGACUGAGGCUGUAGGAAGGAGAAAGAGGCUCCUGUCUUCUGAGUCUUUGGCUAGGGAAUCCAAAUUUGAGGAAAAGAGGUUCAAGCUGACCCCAUCAUCUUUUGAGAUGGGUCAAGCAGAUUCUGGGAGCACAGGGUUAUGUGGUAGAUCCCAAGGAAUCAAUGACAGGAAACCUGUACCAUCAAUAUCUGCAGAAGAGAAGUACUUGCCAAAGUCUGAUACUAGAGUUCAAACUGGCGAAGAGGAUGAGAAGUCCAAAAGUGACAAAGACAUACAGCUCAUGUCUGAUGAAGAGAAGCAUGAGGCAGAUGAAGACAACCAAGGAGACAGAAUCAGCCAGGAUAGUGUGUCAGAGCCAUCUGUUGAGGACUUGGAGAUGCUUCACUGCCAGACGAGGGCAUUGCACCAGCCAGCAGCCUCCCAAAGAGCUGCCUGUGCCCCCACAGCAAGGUCUCCUGUCAGUGACUCGGAGGACCUGAGCACAAACAUCCUGAAGCUGGGUCCUUUUACUGCUACAGGGCCCACAGCUGAAACUUCCAGAUCAAAGAGCCUCCUGGGGUCAGAAACACCAAAGGUGUGUUUCAAAUCCCUUCCCAUCCUCAGCGCUAAGGCCAGGGCCCAGCUUGAAUCACAGCCCUCUGUGAUACUCUUUGAGUUCCAAGCCACUGCUGAUGUUCAGCAACAUCUCCAGCUGACCCCUCCCAAGUGUAGCACACCGAGAAUGGGCUCCAGCAGGGAUGGUGCUGAGAAUGUGAGUGAGGACGGUGACACAUCCAGGCAGACACCUUGUUCUUCAGCCUUCCAGAGUCCAGAGAGCCAUCCACCUGCAGCCUCAAAUGAAGAUGUGCUGAAGAAGAAGGAGAAGAAAACCAAUAGCAUUGGAGACAUAAAAGUGUUCAAAGAGUGGCUGAAGUUGCACCACCCCUCCGAGACACGCAAGAUCCACACGCUGCCUCCUGCAGACCUUGACCACUACCUGGUCUCGUUCUUCAGCUCUGCCAAGAGACAGAAUGGCAUGGAUUUUUCUUCCAAUUCUUUGAGUUUCUUCCAGCAAAACAUCAGCCGGUACCUCAAGGGCCACAACUACCCAUACAACAUAUUGAGAGGGCCAGAGUUCAGGGCCUCUCAGGAAGCCUAUAAAUUAAAUCAUUGGUGUCUGUUCCUAAAGGAGGAAGGGUGGGGUGUUGUGGAGAACAUGACAGAUGAUGAUGUGGAAAACCUUUCUAAGAAGGGAAUUUUAAGCAAGACACACCCUCAGGGCUUGCUACACCUCAUGUUCACCAGCCUCAUUAGGGGGUUUGGGGCCAGCACCCACUACCAGGCCCACCAGCUGUACUGGGGACAGGUGGUGCUGAGGAAGACCAAAGGAGAGCUGGAGUACUUGGAGUGGAAAGAUGAUCUGAGCCCCAAGGGAGACAAAGAGGAGCUAUGCCCACGGCUCUUUGCCAAGCCUGAGGAUCCAGAGAAUUGCCCAGUUGCUAGUUACAAGGAGUAUGCCAGGAAGAGGCCACCAGACAUGCUGAAAGACAAUCACCCUCUGUACCUGUUUCCCAAGUCACUGUGCUCCGUCUGGGAUGAAGUGUGGUACAGCAGGAAGGCACUGACAAAACCCAAAAUUUAUAAGAUCUUGAAAGUUAUUACCCAGGAAGUCACAAAAACUGAAAGGAAGACCAGGAAACUGGUGUGUCCCUUUGGCUUUGCCCCUUCAAGCUCUCCAAAGCUGGUCUGAAGCAGAAUCCUAUUGCAAUAUUUGGUGUAGGUUGAGAACAAACAUCCUUCUGCGGGGCUUCACCUUGGCACUGAAGUUACCUACAGAUCUGCAGUGCCUUGGCUUUCAGAGAAUCUCCUUUGUUGUUGUUUCUGUUACUGGAAUUGAUAAUUCAGUGAGUUAAGGAGAAUCUUCAGUUUCACAUUUGCCAAAAAAGUUAAUGUUCUACCGUGUGGUCAAUGCUGUUAGAAACAGCCAGUGCUGAUACAGAGAGGGCUCAGAGGUGGCAGAGCCUGGCCAGGAGCAUCAGCUGCACCCACAUUUUGAGGAUGACACCACACACAGCUCAGUCUGGGGCACAGACCUGUGGGGACGGAUGAGCAACAUGAGGAGAGUGAUGACGCUGCCAAUCCCAACCUCGCAGGAAUGCUUCUGACAAGGUUCAGGUCAUUUCCCUUAGGGAAAGAUUCAUAGAUGGAAGAAGUUAUGGCUGUUUAAAGAAGUUACUUAAAGUGUCUGACAAUGUUGAAAGGUUUUAUAGUAAGUGGUUUCUCUGGAGUGCAAAACACAACUCCACAA